UAAACGAAAUGAAAUCUACUACAAUUGCUGCCCAGAACCUUAUAUUGACAUAACAUUCGCCAUAUUAAUACGACGAAAAACGUUGUAUUAUUUUUUCAAUCUGAUUGUGCCGUGCGUAUUGAUUGCGUCUAUGGCACUUUUAGGGUUCACACUGCCUCCUGACUCUGGUGAAAAAUUAUCACUGGGAGUAACUAUUUUACUGUCACUAACAGUCUUCCUUAACAUGGUGGCCGAAACAAUGCCAGCAACUUCGGACGCAGUUCCAUUACUUGGAACUUAUUUCAAUUGCAUUAUGUUUAUGGUGGCCUCAUCAGUUGUGUCAACCAUACUUAUCCUCAAUUAUCAUCAUAGAAAUCCAGAUACGCAUGAAAUGAGUGAAUGGAUAAGAGUAAUAUUCCUUUAUUGGUUACCUUGCAUAUUGCGCAUGCAAAGGCCAGGACAAGUUGGCUAUGAAUGCCCUCCGCCGCCUUCGGCAUCAAGUACUGAUGACAAAAAACAACAUAUACAAAAUGUCGAACUUAAAGAAAGAUCUUCUAAGUCGCUUUUGGCCAACGUAUUAGAUAUUGAUGAUGAUUUCCGUGGCAACCACCGAUGUGGCAAUGCUUCAUUUCUUCACCAGCCUACAUAUUACAGGGCAAUGUACAGGCAUGAUGAUGAUCCCAGUGUUGGUCCAGUGGGACAUGAUACGCCUGUUGCUGAUUCUCGUAUACACGAAGAACUUUCACACAACUGCCUAAAUUCCUCAGUAGAGUACGAGCUGGCACUGAUUCUUAAGGAGUUGCGAUGGAUAACAGAUCAGCUUAAAAAGGAAGACGAAACAGGCGACAUUACACGGGAUUGGAAAUUUGCAGCUAUGGUCGUCGAUCGAUUAUGUCUUAUAAUAUUUACAUUGUUUACUAUUAUAGCGACCUUAGCAGUACUAUUUUCAGCUCCACAUUUCAUUUUUCCAUAAAGAGACGAAUUUAUUAUAAGGACUUAUUAUUAGGUUUUUGAGAUGUAAUUUCUUAAUUAAUUAUGCAUUAAAAUUAAAUUUAAAUAAAAAUUACGUUGCAAAUAAAUAG